UGAAAGUGCAUGUGCGCUGCAAUUUUGAUACGAAAAUGCGAAGAGCUGUUUUGUUUUUACGAUUUUAGUUAGAUCGACUCAAAUAUUUUUAACCUCACCAACCAGAAAUGUUCAUUGAUGCUCACUGUCACCUUGUAGCAACAGACUUUAACGAGGAUAGAGAUGAGGUGGUAGCUAGAGCAAAAGAGGCCAAUGUCCUUGGUUGUUUGGUGGUAGCUGAAGGGCUUACUGAAUUUCAGUCAAUUUUAGAUCUAGCAGAAAAGUACGAAGACUUUGCCUUUCCUUGUUUAGGCCUGCAUCCAGUUCAGGGAACACCUGGAGUGGAGCAAAGGAGUGUGACAGUAAAGGAUCUGGAGACAGCCUUGCCAUUCAUAGAGAAAAGUAGUGAUCAAUUAUUUGCCAUUGGUGAGGUUGGACUGGAUUUUGUACCAAGGAAUUGUCCAACAGAUGAAACCAAGGAAGCUCAGCGUGAGGUCCUCAGGAGACAGGUUGCGCUUGCCAAAAAGUAUAAUUUACCAGUCAAUGUACACUCAAGAUCAGCUGGACGACCCACAAUACAGUUACUAAAAGAAGAAGGUGCUACAGAUGUGCUUCUCCACGCAUUUGACGGCCGAGCAGCUGUGGCCAUGGAAGGCGUUCAGUGUGGUUAUUAUUUCUCUAUACCUCCAUCCAUAGUCAGAAGUGAACAGAAGCAAAAACUGGUGAAGGCUAUACCUCUUGAAAACCUCCUCUUAGAAACUGAUUCUCCUGCUCUUGGGCCCGAGAAACAGGUUAGAAACGAACCAGCCAAUAUAAAAAUUGCCUGUGAAUAUGUCGCUAAGAUUAAGAAGAUUGACAUGGAAACUGUGAUGAAAGUGACGACACAAAAUGCAUUGAAAUUAUUUCCCAAACUUAAACGAUUCAUCAAGAUAUGAGGUAAAGCAAAUCAUAAAAGACAGUAAAAACAUUUGGCAUGACUGCAGCUAAAACGAUAUUUAUACCUCCGUUUGUGAAAAUCUGCUUUCUAACACCAGUCUUGUGAACGUGGAAAAAGACCGCCUUGUGAUUGGUGAUGACUAGUCUUUGUCACAUCAUUGACAGCUCAAGCUGAAAUAAA